AUGGUCACCCUUGAUGAGGCCACUGGCCUUCUCCAGAAAAAGUCGGAUGCAGAGACGACGCAGCUCGCAAGAGCACCUUCAAUCUACAAGCCCCUACCCACGUUUGUCUUGAAGAAGGACAGGUCCUACCAGCAACAAUUUGCCGACGUUUACUUCCUUCGCCUUACGCACAUCAAACCUGCCGUAGAAAAGAUCGCAGCCGAAGCCUGGGAUGGCACCGUCAUUGGCGGGGAGCCGGCGAAGCAGGUCAAUCGAGUGCUCGACGUCCGGCAGGGUGAGCUUUGCUGGGUGGCUGGUACCAUCUACAUGGAGAUGCGAUUGAAGCCCAAUAUUCUCGAGGAUGUGUCCAAAGACCGCUGGAUCUCGGCCCCCGUCUCGACUGAGAAAUACUACUCCGAAGAUGACCAGGACCAGGUCAUGAUUGAGGAUGACUCAGGUCGCAUCAGGCUCGUAGGCGAUGUCCUCAAGACGGUCAACCUCGUCACUGGCUGUGUCAUCGCUGUCAUGGGAUCUGAAAACGCCAAUGGCGAACUCGAAGUCAUUGAUAUCAAGUUUGCCGACAUCUCCCCCCAGCCAGAACGCUGGGAUCUUACCAAGCCUCCCUCCAAUGGCAAGCAACAGGUCAAGGACGAAGAUGAAGAAAUGAAGGAUGCCCCAACUGCCGAGGCCGGCGCAGAAAGAUUGCCAUCGUGUCCGUCACUCGAUCCGUCUGCUCAAAAAGAGGCCUCAAACAUCAGCCGCCUCAUCAUUGCCGGGAACUCAAUAUCACUGACCGAGGCGCCGAAGCUGGACCCCAGUGCGACGGACAAGAAGCCCGUCACCAAGAAAUAUGGCUACGACUCGUCUACCUACAACCCCGUCCCCAGCCAGCUGCUCGACGACUUUCUCUCGGAGCUUCUCCCUUCCAUACCUAUCACUCUGCUGCCGGGCGCCCAGGAUCCUGCCAACGCAAGCUAUCCUCAGCAGCCGAUCCACACCGCCAUGUUCCCCAAAGCGAGACCCUGGUCCGUCAAUCCUGACACGAACGAGGCCGGGUGGUUUGACAACACGACCAACCCGUGGGAGGGCGAAAUCGACGGAUGGAGAGUCCUCGGCACUGGCGGCCAGAACGUGGACGACGUCUUCAAGUACAUCGACAGCGAAGACCGUUUGGGCAUGAUGGAGGCCAUGUGCAGGUGGAGGUGUAGUGCACCUACUGCUCCUGACACCCUUUGUGAGUUCCCUCCCUCAGACAUGGCAUGCCGUGACACAAUUGCUGACGCCGCCGCAGGGAGUUACCCCUUUCAAGAUGACGACCCUUUUGUCAUCAAGUCGGCACCUCACCUCUACUUUGUCGGUUGCCAGCCCGAGUUCUCGACCAAGGUCAUUCAGGGGCCCGAAGGCCAGCAGAUCCGCCUCAUCACGGUGCCCUCUUUCUCGGAAACGAAGGAGCUUGUGCUGGUCGAUACGGAGACGCUUGAGGUGUCCAAGGUCCGCAUUUCGACAGCUACUUGA